CUCAGCCGCUGUGGCUGUGAGGCAGAGUGUGGCUGUAGUCGUGCGGGCGGCGAUGUGACGGGAAAGUUGUCGCUUGUUUUGUGGGUGACUCGCUCGGGCGCCCGGCGCGGACUUCUCAUUACCGGGGAUUUAUUAAUCGCCUCCUUUUAAUUCGACUUCACGCCUGGUGACUACUGCCUUCGCCCAUUUUUAUUUUAUUAGAAUUUUUUUUUUUUCCCCUACCUCGGAGGGGCUCCCCUCUAAAUGCCGGCAGCCAUGCUAGAAAAGGGGACAGAGGGGUCGGCCAAGAGGAGGGGCAGGAAUAACGCUGCCAGCAGCAAAAGUUUGACGGCUCCCAAUGGCAAUGGCAGCAACUCGUGGGAAGAAGGCAGCAGCUCGACCUCGUCCAGCGAUGAUGAGCACGGUGGCGGGGGCAUGAGAGUGGGCAGCCAGUACCAGGCUGUGGUGCCAGAGUAUGACCAGGAAGUAGCAAAAACCUGUCAGGAGCGAGAGAAUCUGGGCAUGCUGGUGUGGUCACCUAACCAGAAUCUAUCAGAGGCUAAAUUGGAUGAAUAUAUUUCUGUGGCAAAAGAGAAACACGGCUAUAACAUGGAGCAGGCUCUUGGAAUGCUUUUCUGGCACAAACACAACAUUGAGAAGUCAUUGGCUGAUUUACCUAACUUUACCCCAUUUCCUGACGAAUGGACGGUGGAGGAUAAAGUUCUGUUCGAACAAGCGUUCAGCUUUCAUGGAAAAACCUUUCACCGGAUCCAGCAAAUGCUUCCCGAUAAAUCCAUCGGCAGCCUAGUGAAAUUUUAUUACUCCUGGAAGAAGACCAGGUCCAAGACCAGCGUGAUGGAUCGCCAUGCGCGCAAGCAAAAACGUGAACGAGAAGGAAGUGGAGACGAGGUGGAAGAGAACAAUGGCAACAACGCGAUUGAUAUGGUGGUCGAUCCGCAAAAAGAACCUAAAAAAGAGGAGCCAAAAAACGAUACCAUCCCUCAUGUGAAGAAAGAUAAACAUCCAUCACAAGCGAAGAACAGAGCUAAGAGGAACCCUCCCAAGGGAAUGUUCCUUUUCCAAGAAGAUGUUCAAGCAGUUUCUGCAAACGCCAAUGCUGCGACGACACUGCUGAGACAGCUGGAUAUGGAGCUAGUGUCCAUAAAGAGACAGAUCCAAAAUAUUAAACAGACAAACAGCGCUCUCAAGGAGAAGCUACAGGGAGGAGUGGAAGAGUUCAGGAUUCCUGAGGUUGCUCAAAAGUUUAAUGCUCGCUGGACAACAGAGGAGCAACUUCUCGCCGUACAAGCCAUCCGAAAAUACGGACGCGAUUUCCAAGCAAUCUCUGACGUCAUUGGAAACAAAUCUGUGGUUCAAGUUAAAAAUUUCUUUGUGAAUUACCGCCGUCGCUUCAACAUUGACCAAGUUUUACAAGAAUGGGAAGCUGAGCACGGUAAAAUCGAGGAGAAUGGAGACUGCAUGGAGAAGCCAAUAAAGUUACCAGAUAUUGCUAUUAAGAUGUCAGAUGAGGAGGAAGAGGCUGCUCUUCUAGACGUCAGAUUCACCCCUGCCUCAUGAGACAAAGAACUGUUAGUGUUGACUACUUAAUUUGCCCAGAAUUUCAGGUAUUACAAGAACUCAGCCAACCACCCGCGUCAUGCUUUGUGGACAAGCAGCUACUUACCAAAAAGGCAAAUGACUUCCAGCCCUUUGAGAGAUCUGCCUUAAUCAUCUCUAGUUACCCUCACACACACAUCCACACUCUGCUUCCAAUCUUAGUAGCGAGGACAGAGACUAAACUUGGAACAGUGUGACCUCCUUCUUCAGUCUGUAAAUAACUCGCCGCCCGUUCCCCUCACCCCCCCUGAGUCUGAGACACGUUCCCGGCUGCCUGAUGACCACAGUUCCGGCUGUACAGAUGCUGCAUGCACAAACUUGUUUUCUUUGCUUUUUUGGAUGUUAAAUUAGUUUAGCAUUAAUGAAGACCACCACCACCACCCCCCUUGUACACAGGACUUGCCCCCUCCUUAUUUUGCUUUAUGGACAAAAACUCUGCAACCGAUUGUCUGGUUCUGCGAAGGAGGG